CGACUCUCCUUUGCAAGGAACUUCGUCUUUCCUGUGCUACCCAGCCAGGAAGAGAAAUGCAGUUAACUUCUCAGGAGCAGAGUUGUUUCAAUUGCACCGCUGGACAUUCCUCCUUUCUCCAGCCGUUGCUUGGACCCGUGCGGAGGCUGGUGAAGCCUCUGAAUUAUGGACUGAUCCAGUGAACACCUAUUCAACGGAAGGCAAGACUUUGUCAUGCCAGGUAAAGGCAAAAAGGGAAAAGGCCUGGGGAAGGGCCGGGGUGGGAAGAAAGCCAAAAAGCCGGAAGUGGACAUUCUUCAUCCAGCUACCAUGUUGAACCUGUAUUACAUCGCCCACAAUGUUGCUGACUGCCUACAGUUACGUGGCUUCCGCUGGCCUGGUGCUGGCAAGAAAAAGAAAGGAAAGAAGGCAUAAAGAGGGGAUGGAUUCCUGUAUAGCAUAUCUUCAUAACCAUGAAUUGUAACUAUAGACAGAAGCACACAGAGAAAGGAUACAACCAAAACAGGAAGAGAAGCAGACAAGACCUUACUGAAAACAUCUCGAGCUGGAAGAAGACUGGAGCUCUUGGAGUUAAGGAUAAAGGAAUUGAAUUGUCACUUAACACUUGCGCCCAUGUACAACAUUUUUAAACUUUUUUUCUUUUUUUUUUUUAGGAAUUAAGCCCAAAAUAUGUCUUGAGUAGUUCUCAAAUUGGGUGGUGGAUUUCAGAGUACUGUUUGGUUCUAAUCAUCCUUUGUUACAUGUCAGAAUUAAAUUUUGCUUGGUGAA